GACGGUCGUAUACUUUGUUCGAUAUAAAACGUAUAAUUUUUUCAUUGUAAAAACUGUAAUUUAGUGCUAUCGUUAAUUUUAUUGACUUAUUUAUUGUGUGAUGCAAAUAAUAUAACAAUAUAAAUAACGUAUGAUUGUUCGAGGAAUUCUUUUGAGUGUUUUGUGUUAAAAUUUUGUGUUUUCGUGUUUUGGGAUUUCGUGUCGCAGAUCUAUGAAAAACGAUUAACGGAAUGGCAUUCAGCAGAGAAUAGCUGAUGCAAUAAAGAUGGCGUCUUACGAUAAAGAUAUUGAAAAUAGAAAGAAGAAUACAGAAUGUGAAACAGACAGACUACCUUCUUUAAAACAGACACAAGAAGAAUACACAGAUAAAACAAAUAUUGAUCAGAAAUUAAAAAUAACCCCAUUUAAUAUAAACUACAAAAUGAGAAAACCUUAUAUUCUUUACAAUAAUUUCCGGUAUAAAGAAGACUUAUCAAGAAGAGUAGCCAUUAAAAGGGAAUACGGAUUUUAUAAUUACUGUUUUUUAAGUGUCUGUCUAAGUUUCAUACUAGGAUUAGUAAUCGGCGUAGCAAUCGUCGGAUCUCCUCAAACAAGAGCACCUAAUUUUAGUUCUAAACAAAUAGUGAAAAUAAACACAACAAGAGAAGGUUAUUCUAGAAGUUUGAAUUCACUUAAAUAUUCUGAUAGUUUAAAAAUAGAAGAUAACUUUAUUCUUCCAGAAAAAGAAAAGAAUAUUGAUAGAUUCGCAACUGUUUCGUUCACUGGAUCUGUCGACCCACACAAACAUAAAGAAGACGUUUAUCCCAAAGGCCUGACGGAUGAUAUGAAAGAAAUCCUCAAAGACAAUAAGGUAUCCCAACACAAACUCUCUAUAACAAAUAUAGUGGACACAAAAAUACAUGUUCCUAAUACUGAUACAGUCUUAUACGACAACAUAUACUGGGGUCCUGAAGUCGAAAAUUCAAUGCCACAAGGUUAUGGUGAAAAUUCAGCUGAAAUAUGGGAGAGCUACGUUGAUCAGAGCGAAGUUACCAAGAUGGAACCUGGUUGCGGUAGAAUGCAGAAUCGUUUAAUCACAUUCAAAGAUGGCAUCCAAGCCUGUGUUAGAUACAGACAAAAUACAGAUCAAAUACAGGGUGAAAUAUUCAGCUUCUAUGUUGCUAGAUUAUUGAAUUUAACAAAUUUAGCACCCUCCGUUGUUAAAGUCGUCGAUUUGAAAGAUAAGCUCUGGCAAAGUGUUGCAAACGACAUCGCUUCAGCGCAGUGGAACACAAAUAGGGCGGUUGUUUUAACUCAAUACAUUCCAAGCUUAGAAUCGGCCACAAUACCGGAAAUAUUUAAGCCCUCAACGCGUCACUUGAAUAAGAAUGAUGUGUUUAAAAUGUCACAAAAAGAAAACGAAACUGUCGAAAUUAACAAACAGAUAUUGUUGGAUAAACUAAGAAUGAAAAACGUCAAAGUGAGGAAGGAGGAAACCAUGAAUAACUUCGAUUUCAUUGAUGCUAAACUGAAUAAGAAGACUCGAGAUUUAUUCGUUGAACUAGCACAGUGGUCGGAUCUCAUUAUAUUUGACUAUUUGACAGCGAAUUUAGAUAGAAUUGUUAAUAACUUAUUCAACUAUCAAUGGAAUAUAAAUAUCAUGGAUGGCCCGGCGCAUAAUUUGGCGCGAAAAAUAGACAGCGGUUUGCUUUUGUUUCUGGAUAACGAAUCUGGACUUCUCCACGGUUAUAGGCUUUUGAAGAAAUACAAUGUGUAUCAUAGUUUGAUGCUGGACAAUUUGUGUGUGUUUAGAAAGAGGACGGUUGACUCUUUGAAAAGUUUGCAUGAAAAUUCAAUCGGUGCAAGACUCAGUGAUAUAUUUCAUAAGAAGAAUAAUCCAAUUAUAAGAGACAUUUUGCCGCCAUUGCCAGAGAAAAACGCUAAAGUAUUACACGAUAGAAUAGGGAAAGUUUUAAGUCAAAUUGACAAGUGUGCACAGACUUUUGCUAAUAGAUAGAAAUAUUUUAAUAAUUUCUCUCGCACUAAAUUCUUUUUUAUUUAUUACUUAUU